UUUGUGGUCGUGUGGCGUUGUGUGUUGGAAGCUCUUAGAUAACAUUUGUUGACUCGAACAAAUCCAGACGCAACGACUUAAUAAUUAGUCAUUCACUCCUGCCGCGAUUUACCGAAACUAAUCUUUGUUGUGGAGUGUUUCUGUUGUUGUUUUUCCCUCUCCGUGUUUUGUUUUCGGUUCUUUCAGUCACCACCGCGCGUUUUGCGUGUCUGAACUGCGACCCCUAGUCAGCAUGAAGAGAACGGGAAGCUUCUGUGUUUCGUUUUUCUUCUGGAUUUGACGUCUUGCAGACACUCUGCACCUCCACCCAAAAGUGUUGCGUUGCACCACAGUGGAAGUGUGCGGGGGGGAGUGGGCUUCUUUUUCCUGUUAUUCAUUUGGACCACGAACGACCUGAACCUCGUGCAGCUGUCAUCAUCUGUUUAAGGGAGGAGUGAACCAUUUCAUCUGUUCAAGAGCCUUCUGAAGACGGACGGCACUGUUGUCUCGGCAGCGGCAGGACCAAGAUGGACGUCGACCUGGACGGAUUGUUCCGCCUCAACGUCAGCUACGACUACGACGACGACUACGUGUACCAAGAUGACGACCCGGAGUCGCGGGGUGGCCGGACGGUGUGGAUCCCGCUCGUCUACUCGGUGGUGCUGAUUGUGGGUCUGUUCGGGAACGGCCUGCUGCUGGCGGCGCUGGCGAUGAAGAAGCGAGCGUGGAGGACGUCGGACACCUUCAUCCUCCACCUGAGCCUUGCCGACGUCUUGCUGCUGUUCACGCUGCCCCUGUGGGCAGCGCAGGCCACCCAGAGUUGCGGAUGGUGCCUCGGGCUCGCUCUUUGCAAGAUCAGCGCAGUUAUUUUUAAGCUCAACUUCUUCUGCGGGAUCUUUCUCCUGGCCAUCAUCUCUGUGGACCGCUACCUGUGGAUGGUCCAGGCCAAGCAGCUUUACUCCCACAAGAAGCCCAUGUUUGCCCACCUCAGCUGCCUGACGGUGUGGCUCGUCUCCCUGCUCCUCACCAUCCCCGAGUGGCUCUUCAUGGUAUUGGAGCGGCAUCCGUGGAAGGAGGAGAGGACCCAGUGCGUCCUCGGCCUCUACCCAGCUGACAUUCGCCUGGCAUCGCGCCUUCCCCACCACGUAUUUAGCGCAGCCGCCGCCGUCGUCAUCGGCUUCUCGUGCGCGACACUAUGGUUCCAACGCCCCGCCAAAACAUUCCGAAAGAGGGCGGUCACGCUCAUCCUGGUCGGGGUCUUCUCGCUCUGCUGGAUCCCGUACAACGUCGCGCUCGUCGUGGACACAUUCGGCGGUGCGAAGAAGACCUCGAACAGUUCGUCCGGGGUCCAGCAAAGCUCACCGAGAACCGCGCUGACGGUCACAGCAGCCUUGGGCUGCGUCCACGCCUGCCUCAGGCCGCUCCUCUACCUCGGCCUGAGCGGCGACUUCAGGAAGUGGACGCUGGCGGCGCUGAGUUGCGUCAGAGCGGAACCCAAGGGCUCAGUGUGGGAGCUGGGCGUAGGAGACGACGCCCCGCUCGCGCAAAGUCCCGAUACGGAGGAGUUAAAGCAGAUCGCCAGUGUGGAGCAGCAAGUGCAGCAUAAAAUUUCCACAUAGCUGAAUUGGGGGAGUGAUAUCAAGUCAUGUGACUCAGACUCAAGUCAGGUACUAAGGUUAAACUAGCAACUUGCUUGGCUAACUAAGACUUGACUGAAACUCAAUCGAAUGCGGAACUUGACUUUCGUGUGCACUCACUUACCGGUUCAAGUUGCUAGUCACUUUGGCAAUUUUUAUUUUUUCAUUUCACUCCAUUAAAUUAUUUAGUUACAUUCUCUUUCAGUAUAUUUUAUUAUGUUUUUAUGUUUAGAUUUUACAAUACAGUGCUAUAUUUUUUCUUUUUAAAAAACAGGUAACAAAAAAAUGGUGCCGUUUUGUGGGGGAACCUGAAACAGGUUAUCAUUGGACAACCAGUACAAAUAAAUCUACUUACAAUGUUAUUCACGGAAUGCAUUCUCUUCAAAAUCAAGGUACCGCUGUCUUGCCCGUUGACAAGAAAAAAUAUGCGUUUUCCAAGUUUGCUUUGUUGAUGAAAGAAAUGUUACUUGCUGUAUAGCGCGCACGCAAACCUGGCAACCCAUCAAAAUGUUACAAAGCGAGACCCAAACAGGGUGUUCCGAAGAUAAUUCUGUUUGAAUUCAAACCGAUAUGUUUUUGAGAAAGAGAAGAGCAACAUGCAAGGUUUGCAAUUUACAGAUCAGAGCCACAACUACGAUCUCAACUUAAUCCGUGACGGGCAUCCCUCGCUAACUUCACAGUGUAGCCAACCUAAAAUCGGGUAAUUGUUAACUCCGCUCAAAGUAGGUUAAGUGUUUAAUCGAGAAGACAAAGUAAUAACACAACGCGGAGACUGGUUCGGGAACGUUAAGAACUGUGAUUGUGAACGUUUUGGUCCAACUAACUAACGCAAAUGCAGAUCGCACUCGGCAUUAGCAUGUACAGUAGUGUCAACGCUCAGUGUGGUUGGUGUGCGACUGAGCAAUGAGCAUGACUCGACUUAAUGAUCGACCGAACACAAGUCACGACUCCUCCACUUGCUUGACAUUUCGAUCUAACUUUGGACUUUGUUGAAAGUGAAGACUUGAGACUCAUAACUUGUACAUUUGUGACUUCGUCCCAUCCCCGCCACACGGGUGGCUUAUUCACGAUGCCUCGUGGAAGGGAAUUUUGUGUCAUGUGCUUCAAGAGCCGAGAUGUGCUGACUUUUCAUGUCCCAGAGGACAUCAUUUAUUUAUUCAACCACUGUUUUUACAGCGUUGCUUUUUGUCACAUUGUUUACACGUUUUUAAAUGCCUGUGUUUUAAUUGAUGCUGUUGUAGUAAACCUGUGUCGACACUGCCUUCUCUUGACACGACCUUCUCUUGUACUUAAAAGUUAAGUAAGCAAGAUGCUUUAACCGUCCAUUCUGUUUGGUCAGUGAGAACGGAACAGAGUGAAACAGUUAUUAUGAGUGAUGUUUUUAUUUGAGUGAUGUUUAUAUAACCCCCAACUCGCAGAGUCCAGAUUGGAAGAAUCUUUGUCACGUGCUGAAGAAGGCUUACAGCUGUGAACCAAAACAGUUCAACGUAUCCAAACGAUGUUGUGCUAAAAAUCAAAGUGACAAGGAAAUCCAACUCUCUAGUGGAGUGUGUGACUUUUUUUUUUUUUUUUUUAUGGCUGGUCAGUGUUUUUCUAGUAGUUGUAGUAUCUAAAUAUUAUUAUAUGUUAGAAGAUAAGCUCCUGUCCUUAUCAGUGUGUGUGUGAUCUUAAACCCUGCCAGUCACCUCAUAAAGUUGACAAUGAUAACAAAGACCAUUUUACUCCAUAAACCAGCAGAGCGAGAACUCCGCCGUUAUGCAACAAGCGUGUUUUAGUGUCGGCAAGGGAAUUUCCCUCUGGGCAAAUGCUGCAAUUUUUUAAAGAAAAUUUUCACGACAGCUACUACAUGUUUGUGCAGGUACAUAGAUACGUCGGGUGACAUCAUCGGUCAUGUGCGUCUACGAGACUAUUAAAAGUGUUUGCGUGUCGACUCCCGGUCUGUUUUGGAGGCCAACCAGACCAACCUGAUUUGUCAGUCGAGGUCACGUCAACGCAAAGAUGACUUUCACAGAUGCCUCUUUGUGCUGAACAGGGCGGAGGAACCUUAAUCGGUGUUCACAACGUCUCCUGGGGCCCAAUCAAAUGCAUGAAAACAGUCAACCAAAUUUGGAUUAUGAGUACCGGUAACUCCAGCUCAAACGUCGUUAUUGUUUCCUCUCAAAUAAACAUGUUCAUGGUGAGCCAUGACAACUACAAGCCUGAACAGUUUGAUCACAGUCAUGCAUAGUUGGGUGAAGUUUGCAGGCCUCCCCUCUUCGCCUUAUCAUCUGAUAUAUAUUUUUUUUUCUUGCAUAAGCUGCACAUUGCACAAGAGUGCGAAGCUGCUGUUUGUUUUUCCUUCGUUCGCUUCCUGUCAGAAUCCUGCAAGAUGAUUUUCUUGAAGUGUUGCAUACAUGCCACUGCAGUCAUUAAAAUUCUAUAAUGCGGUAUCAGGAGAACUUUAAAACUUUAUUUUUUAAUUCAUUCAAUUACUGAGACACUUUACUUAAGUAGAAGUAGAUACUGUACAUGUGUCCUCCCCCCCCCCAAAAAUUGU